UAAUAAUAAUAAUAAUAAUAAUAAUAAUUUGUGAUCAGAACACCUAAUGUUUACUCAAAGUUUUCAUCUGUUUAAUGAGGAAUGUCACAAGCAAUUCAGUAAUCAAAAACACUGGCAGCAGUAUAAUAGUUUCAAGAGUAAACUGCAGAAGCAGAAGUGAAAAUUCAAGGAAAGUAUCAGAGAUGAGGAGGAUAUUCUUUUAAUAUAAUGUAUUUGUGAGAAGUGUCUUUCGUGGUUGUGCUGAUGGGGUUUGUGGAAAAGCUGCAUAUUCAGCAAAUCUUCUUGUUGAUGGUCUAAUUUUUAACAUUAGAAAUCAAAGUCUAAAACAAAGAAAUCCACAUAAUUAAUGACACAACAGGUGGGAACAAUGAACUCAUCAAGACAGGCAAAAUUAGGUCACAACAGAAACUCAAAACACACAAACAUGUAACACUUCACCAAGACCAAAAAAAAAAUUAAAUUAAGAUAUUGUCCGCAACCAAAGAACAACCAAAGCAUAGAUAUUUUUGGUUAUGUGUUUAACUCAGAUGUACGUCACAAUAUGCUUAGGGUGGUCUUUUGUGUGGUCGCAGAUUCCUCUUGGAUUUUGUAGCUGCUAACAUAGUUUUGUAACUCCGUACAUGUGGCUGGGUCUGAGGAGAGUUUCAAACUGGAAGUCUAUAUCCUUAUUAAAGGCCAGAGUCAAAUGAAAUCACUUCCUGUGUAAAUUUAGCAAUAUUAGGCUUUAUAAAAAAAUAAUAAAAAAAAUCAGUGAUCAUUCUAAAGAUCACAACUAAUCAGUGAAGAUGUACGACAAGACACAGGAGCAAAACAUGGAAUUUGAGGCCAUUUAUGAAAGUGAUGAAGAGACUACUGGACCUCGAACACUGAGUUACAUCAAAGCUAAAAGAAAAGCUCUACAGUGCAGAGGAAGUAGAUGUUUGGUGUUGAUCACAGUGGGUCUCGGGCUCAUUUGUGUUCUUCUGCUGGUCUUCAUCAUACUGCAGCACAACACCAUCACAGCAGAGAGAGACCUGAUCAAGAGUUACAAGAACACAGCUGAAGAGUUCAAUCAAACCAUCAACAGCUUACAGGACAAUUACACUGAUCUAAUGACUGAAAAACACCAACUGCAGAACAACUUCAACUCUUUGACUCAGAAGAACCUGGAGCUGGAGACCAAAGUCAAUGUUCUCACUGCUGAGAAAGACCAGUUACAGAGAGAUUUUGACUCUUUGGGUCAGAGGAAUCCGGAUUUUGAAAGCAAAGUCACGAAUCUGAGUGAUGAACUGAAGAAGAACGUUUCUAAAGGAGGAAAUCAGUGUAGUCUAGAUGGCUUGUUCGUUUCCAAAAAGGCGAUGAGCUGGUAUGCCAGCAGACAGUACUGCAGGGAUCGUGGUGGUGAUUUGGUCAUUAUCAAAAGUAUAGAGAAGCAGAGGCUCAUGUCUUCCCUAGUCAGUGAGAGAGCGUGGAUUGGGUUGUCUGACAUAGUGAGCGAGGGCAAUUUGACAUGGGUGGAUAAUUCACCACUGAAUCAGGGGUUUUGGUUUGAAGGUGAGCCGAAUGACGAAGAUGGAAAUGAGGACUGUGUUGAAAUUAUGGCCUUUUCUUCCAUCCUGGACAACUGGAAUGAUCUCCCAUGUUCAUCGAAGAGAAAAGGGAUUUGUGAGAAAUAAGGUUCAUCCUGUCUUGUUUUGGUUUUACUUAUAUGAUCUUAUGGAAUUAUUAUUGUGAUUGCAAAAUUUCUGCCAAAUAUACAAAAUUACCAGCUGAUAAUGAGAUGAUCACUAUUCUCUUAGAUAUAAUAAACAAAUAAAAUAUCCUGUUUCUUAUGAUGUAAAUAAUGGUGAUGGAACACCAAUCCUCUGAUGUGUUCAUGUUUUGCUCCAUCACAAGCAGCUCUAUAUUAAUAUGAUCGUGUUCUACUGUUAUCAUGUGUCUCGUUUGUCGGUCUGAAGUGUUGAGGUGACAAUCACAGUGGACUACAGAAGUGUUCAGAUUGCUGUAACACCAUAUUAUUCUGAUAUUGAGUGUCUAUAAAACUGCUCUUGAGUUCAUUUGCUUUUUCUUUGAAUAAAAUGGUGAAUUACCAUA